GCUGCGUCCAACUGAUAAGUAAAAGACUUCACUUAUUGACUCUACAACAUACUCUUGAGAAACUUCCUCUUUCUUUCUUCUUCGCCUUUUAUCCAUCUUAACCCCACAAAAUUAUCAAUCCAAACUUUCAUCUAUAGUAAUCAUGUCACAGUCGAGCCCAACCAAACUGAAUGAUACCUUGACUUCGCAAAAACCAUCUUCUGUGUCCUGCUCCGAAAGUCUUGUAUCACAAAAAACUGAGAAUCCAACCUCGAUACCAUCCUCUCAUAUCUCGAUCUCAUCAAACACAGGACCAAUCCCUGUAUCGAUCUUAUCCGGGAAUCCAAAAAGCCAAGGAUCAUUAGUAGAAAUUGUACAAAAUCAUUCAGAUAAACCAACUACUGUGAUCCUCACUUCGACUCCUUCUUCGGCUCCAUCUAUCAAGACCAAGUUUGUGCAACAAACGAGCCCUCGAAUCGGUCCAAUCAGUCCUGCUGAGCCUCCAGGAGGGUUAUUCUUGAAGGACUUGGCGUUAUCUAAUCAAAAUUCAAAGUUGGAUGGCAUCAAGGGUUGGAAGAUCGAUAGACGGAAAGCUACCCCUUAUCCUCAGCCUGAAGCUGAAGAAUACGAGUUUGAUGAUACCCCGGAGGAUGUCUCAACCGAAGAUGCAGAAGACGAUCAGUAAACCUAUGGUCUAAGGCUUGGCGGUGGUUCGGAACCCGUUCUAGCAAAUGUCCCAUUCAAACAUCUUCGAUCAAUCUUCACGCGAGAAUCUUCGAAAACAGAACCUUUGUAACAUCUAUCUCAUGCUCUCACUUUGUUUAUAUCUUGUCCUAUCAUCCUUCAUAGUUUGUUCUCUCUAGGUCCUAAGAUCAUGCUCAUCAUGAUCAAAAUCAUCAUGGCUCUGAUCUUCUUGCAUACAUUCCAAUCUCAUACCCUUCAUAAUUGUUGUUAUUCUAAAAUACACAUUCUGAUCUUGCUUGAUGUAUGUUAUGCGCGAAAUUUUAUGUAGUGUCUAUGAUUUCAUUCUCGCGUGGUCCGUUGAACUUGCUGGUAGAAAUGAAUACCAUGCUUCAAAUAUCGCGUUUGUAAACG